AUGGCAAGUUUUUCACGAGCUUCUACUCUGAUUGGCGAAGAUGAUUUAGCUAGCAAAAAGGGAGAAAAUGAACUAGUAGGCGAAAAUGACUCUGUACCAAAUCUCUGGCAUCAAGCAUAUGAACGACUGGCCGAAAACGAAAAAGAGGGACUCAAAUUUACACAACACAAUGGUCAAUUGAACUUUACAGAGCAGUCCUCCACAUUGGUGCGAAUGGUCAUAGAGAGGAAGGAAGAGUGUGAAAAACGACAAUGGAAGCUUUAUACCAAAAAGAAUGGAGAUAGAAUCAUGGUCCGAGAUAUAUUUGUGAAGAUUAGCGAGUGGAUCAAUAAGUUUAAGGAGGUGGGAGACGCUGCUGUCCAGUACGAUCCCGGACACGCAGCCUUACCUUGGGCGGCCGUCCGUUUCUUCCUCCAGGUGAGACUGAAUAUGCGCCAUUGCAAAUUGUACACUGACGAUAUGGAGGAAGUCUCGAGGAUCAUCGCAUUAUAUACAGAGCUUGAGACGAGGGUUCUUGUCAGACAAUCUGUCCAAACAAGAUUGCUAUCCGAUGCCGUUGUUAGGCUGUACACUGCUAUCCUGCGAUUCCUCAUCCAGGCAUAUAACUACUACGGAAAACGCACACUGACAAGGGUUUUGGAAAGCUCCCUUAAAGGCGCCAAGUCGGUUUUAGUUGAGCCAAAUCUAGCCAUAGAGGACCUCGAACACAAGGCUUAUGAACUAGUCAUACUUGUUCAACACGAAUGCUUAACUGCAUCUCUCGAUGGCAUCAUAGCAAACCUAGCGCAGAACAAUAAAGGGCCCAAGCUAUCAAACGAAGACAGACGCAGACGUAUAUCUGCCUGGAUCAACGGUAUCGAGACGAAGAAUACUUAUGAGAUAGCGCUCCAGAAUCGCCACGAGGGAACUUGCGAGUGGGUUCUAAAGUUGGAAGACUUCGAGGCUUGGUCAGCCCCGCAGAUACCUCAAGGAAAGCUUCUUUGGUUGCAUGGACCACCAGGUUUUGGCAAAACCUUCAUGUCAGCAAGGAUUAUUGAACAUCUAGUAGAAAGAGAUCAAGGACCGGUGGCAUACUUCUUCUGUGUAGCUGAGAACCAACAAACUCGAGAUCCUUAUUCUAUCCUUAAGUCAUGGUUGUCUCAGCUGCUGGAGCAGGACGAAACGAUGAUCUCGCUAAUGGAGGCUGUUUUGGCGAAUAGAACCGGCAAGGAUCAAUCAUUGACACGAAAUGAACUAUGGAAACUUUUUGUUGCGGUUGGGGAAACCAUAAUCGGAUGUACCUUUGUGGUGGAUGGGUUUGAUGAAUGCACUGAUAUCAAUUCUGGGGUUGGCUAUCACACUAAAGAUCCACGAAACGAGUUUCUGCGUGACCUAGUCGAAAAUCUAUCUGCAACAAAAUCUCGGGCUCUUGUAGUCAGCAGAGAUGUUGCAGACAUUAGAGAAUUCGUAGGCAAAAUUUCAGACUCCCCUGGCAUCGAAAGAUAUGAAUAUCAGAUCACUGCGCAAAAUACAUCAAGUGAUGUAGAAGCAUUUUCUUCAAGUGUAGUGAAGAGAAAAUUUCCACGGAAACCUGAAAAGGAUAGAGAUGAGAUUGCAAAAAAAGCGGCAAAGCGUAGUGAGGGAAUGUUUUUGUGGAUAAAGUUAUUAGAAAACGAAAUCUCGAGAACAAAGAGUCAACAGCGACUCAGAGAGAUCGUAGAAAAAAUGCCACUUGGAAUAGGCGAUGCGUAUGAAAGAGAAGUGGAGAAAAUUAUAAAAAACCCUAGAAUUGAAGAAAGGAACGAGGCAAUCAUGAUUUUGAGAUGGGUCCUUUUUGCCGUGAGACCUCUUCAGGUCAAACAGCUGGCUGAAGCUCUGAUCGUUUCCGAUGAUAAGGUGUCGGAGAGAUACCCAGAGGAAUAUCUACCAGAUACUUGGAAAGAAUCUUUUGUUGAUGAAGAUUAUGUGCAAGAGAUAAUUCUCAGACCGUGCGGAUCUCUAUUACAACUACGCUCCGGCAAAGAAGAUGAACUACUAGCGAAUAAAACAGUUCAUUUUGUGCACUUUUCAGUCAAAGAGUAUCUUUCUAGUCUAACGAACGAAAGUGUUCUAGGUAGAGCUCUUGGAUUACUUGAUACUCGUACAGAGGAACUUCGAUUGGCUAGAAUAUGCUUGCGCUAUCUCACACUGAACGUGUUUGAAGAGAUGUCUGCAAGUAGUGAUAACACUACGUACCCAUUCCUGGAAUAUGCGGCAUGGGCUUGGUUCUUUCACGGCUUUGACCGAAACUUUGCACCUCCGAACGAAUUUGGCCAUUUAACCAGAAGGGUAUUCAAGCCAUCAUCAUCGAGUUGGAGGAUAUGUGGUACCUUUCUAGAAAAUGAAUUUGAUGACUCGGCCGAAUCGAAAUCUGCACAGGAAAACUUUCAUCCCGAAGACUAUCCUGGAGAGUCUGAUGCGGGGUCAACAGAGUAUAGCUGGAUAAAUGAUGAGACAAUAGACGAUGGAAGCACUGGUGAUUUAUCAGUAUCACAACCUAGCUUCCACGAAGUUCAAAACCCUGCGUACUACGCUUCACUUUUGGGACUUCAAGAUGUCAUCACAUGGCUCGAAGAACAAGGAAUUGACUGCAGUUGUGAGGGAGGUCGUUUUGGUUACCCACUACAGGCAGCAGUUGUGAGAAAACACAAAGAAUUAAUCAUCCACUUUCUCAGCCGGGGAAUCGAUCCGUCCCAGAAGGGUGGGCUUUAUGCAUGUGCCAUCAUUGCAGCGGCUGCUGUAUCAACUUCAGAAAUUCUGAAUAUCCUUCUUGAUGCAGGCGCAAACGUAAUGGCUAAAGAUGCUCAAGGUUGGACGGCACUACACCAUGCUGCACGCCGAGGCAAUGUCGACAUUGUACACAUUUUGAUCAAUCAUCCUGAGUGUGAUAAAGAUGCUGUAACGACGGGCAACACACCCAAGACCGCUCUGAGCUUGGCUUGUGAAUAUGGAAACGAAGAAGUCGCGUUUGCUCUCCUGAAUCAAGGCGCAACAGGCUUGCAAACCGCACUACCACAGAAUGGCGAUAUGCCUCUUCACUAUGCCAUCACAUACGGUCAUCACAAGUUGGCUUGCAGAUUACUAGACGCCGGAGCUCUAUUUGAGACCAAAACAAGGACAGGAAUGACUCCUCUGUUAAUCGCAAUCAUUGAAAAUGCUCCCAAGGUUGUCAAAAAGCUCCUCGAGAAAAAUGCAAGAGUCGAUUUGAUUUACGAGGAUUGGACAAUGCUCCAAUUUGCGUCAUCCGGGGCAGAUCCUGAAAUAGUAAAAUUACUAAUUGCCUCAGGUGCGGAUGUUAAUCAGUGUGGAGGCAAUAUCCAGUCCGAAGCUUCAUCACUGCUUAUAGCAACCUCUCGUAAUCGAACAGAUGUUAUUUCGAUUUUACUUGAGCAUGGUGCAACAACAGAGCGUGCGGCAUACUUCGCAGUUCUAUAUGGACACGAGUCGGCGAUGAGCUUGCUGUUAGACCACGGCGCAUCAAUUACGUGCAUUGAAGAAACAUCGCAGGAAACACUGUUUGAUUUAUCCCUAAGGAUGAAACGGAAUAAUAUUUCACAAGACUUAGUGAGGCGCGGAAGCUUCCGAAAGAGCUUGAGAACCACGGAAGAAUACUUGAAGAGCAUUGACAAAGGUUGUGAUCAUGACCUAGCGAUUUUGACUUUCCUUGGUGAUGCCAGAAAAGUUGAAAGUCUCUUCAAAGAACCUAUCUUCAUUAGUCAAGAUGAUCUAAACGAAGCAUUUCAUAUUGCGGCCGCGCGUGGUUUUCUGGACAUAUUAAAGAUGUGUAUACAAAAAGGGGCCUCUGUCAAUAGUAGGGAGCUUACAGGGAGAACCGCGCUCCACGCUGCCGCAUUCCACAACUACGAGGAAAUAACGGAAGCCCUUGUCGUCAAUGGUGCGAGUUGGUUCCUAGAAGACAGCAUUGGCUCUACACCAAUAGACUUGGCUGUAAGACGUGGGCAAAAGGCGCUGAACUUAGUACAACAAUACAUUUCCGACUACAGUUUCGUUAUUCGAAAAAGACCAUCACUCCUCGAGGACACAAGUAGGAAUAAAAGUGCAGCCACCGCGCAGAAGAUUAGGAAGUCUCUUUCUGGACGGUGGGAAGGUUCAUAUGAGUACUUGAGCUGGUUCAAGGGGAGGAUUGAUGAGUUCGCGAUUGAGAUCUCUGAACCGGAGCCGGUCUUGGCCUCAUCAACUACGUUCGAAGAGGAAAACUAUGAUAUCGCGGGAGCCUUUAAGAUCAUGGGGUUUGUCGAUGAAAAAGGUAUUGUUUGGUUUGUAAAGCUAUACGAAAGACAUGGAUGGCUGUACCGCGGCCAAUUGGAUGAAAGCCUGAAAACUUUCAAAGGUACUUGGGGCAAGAAUCGAAAGCUUUGGCAAGGAACCUUCGUCCUGAAUCUUGUUUCAUGA